AUGGGGUCCACGGUGGGCGCGCGCGGCGCCGAACGCGAACAGAAACGCGCGAAAACGCACGGAGAGGAGGACGAUGCGACGGCGAUGUCCAUCGAUGAACAAAACAAGGAAAACGUGAGCGCGAACGUGAGCGCGUCGGACGUGCGAGCGACCAUGGGGAAUUAUUACAGGAACUUUUACCCGGCGGAAGCGUUGUUUAAGUGGCUCUCGCACGGGAACGACGAGCGACACGCCAAGGCGGACAAGACGUACGCGGGUAAGCGAGAGUUUUGCUUCGUACUCGAUAAGGAGAACGGCGACGGGGAGAUCUUCUGUCGGUAUCAGUGCUUCGAGGACGCCGGAAGGUUUGCUCGUGAAGUGAGGAGCAAGAAUCCGGCGCGGAUCGAGUUCGGUCCCGUGAUGAAUGCGAAGCCCGCGCACAGGCACUCGGUGAAACUGCACUCUGUCGAGAGAGAGCUGGUGUUCGAUAUCGAUAUGACGGAUUACGACGACGUGCGGACGUGCUGUAAGGAUGCACAGAUCUGUGGAAAGUGUUGGCCUCUGAUGACGAUCGCGAUCAAGAUUCUCGACGCGGGAUUGCGACGAGACUUUGGUUUCAAGCACUUGCUCUGGGUGUACUCCGGGCGUCGCGGCGUUCACUGCUGGGUUAGCGACGAGCGGGCGAGAAAACUGAGCGACGAGGCGCGAGCAGCGGUGGCCGAGUACUUCGCGGUGGUCAAGGGUCAGGGUAAGUCGCGCAGGGUUUAUUCCAUCAACCCAAUGCACCCGUCGGUGAAGCGGGCGUACGAUGACGUGUUGAAGAAGUAUUGGAUUGAGACCUACUUGCCCGAGCAGAGGAUCCUGGAGAACAACGCUAAGCUCGACCAGGUGCUGGAUUUGCUCGAAGACCAGGAGCUCAAGGACGAGCUCGUGGACGAGUUCAACGGCAGCAAAAUGAGCUCUGUCGAGCGCUGGCGCGUCAUCGAGGAGCGCGUCAUGCAGGCGAGGCAACCCAAGCAAGGAGUCAAACGCAACUACACGCUCGAUUUCGCGCUGGAGAAGAUCAUUUUCUGGCACAUUUAUCCUCGCGUCGAUAUCGAAGUGUCCAAGCACAUGAAUCACUUGUUGAAGGGGCCGUUUUGCGUGCACCCAAAGACUGGUCGAGUGUGCGUGCCCAUGGAUCCGGCCAAAGCUGAAUUUUUCGAUCCCGCCGCCGUGCCCACCGUCAUCGAUCUCGAUAAUGGGAACAAAACGUUGGAUGAGGCUAUGAGGACUUUCAACGAAACGUUCUGGAACGCGGCUGAGGCUGAAAACAAGGAGCGGCUUACAUCGUUGACGCGCGCGGCCAAGGCGGCGAACGCCACCGGAAUGGAUUUUUGA